UGUGAUUUAUUAUUAAGUUGCCAGUUUUGGUUUGGAGAGGUUGCCAGAUUGCACACCGCCAUAUUGGAAUUUGUUGUGCUUGGAAAACAUUGUGAGCACGUGGAUAGUUAGAUAAAAUUUUGUGAAAUUCAGUAGUAGUUUUAUCAAUUAGAUAAUUUUCGGUUUAUUUUACCUUCUUCACUACAUAGUGACAACGAUCUUUAUUGUGUGUUCAAUGCUCACAUAUGAUUUAAGAAAUAGUAAACAAACACGCGGGAUAAUAACCUAUUUAAAUACUUGAAAAAACAGGCAACAUUUUUUUAUAUAAUACACACAAUAUUAGAGAAUAACACAAAGAACUAUUCCAUGUGAUGAUAAUAAAUAGUUCUAAAGUCAAUAAUUUUAAAAUGGAUUGUACAAGUAUUGUUAGUAAAAGUGGCUCAUUACAAUGGCUCCCUGUCGUCAGCUGCUUAUGUGGUCAGUACCAUCCAUAGCCGUUUUAUUGGGUAUUUUUUGGUUCAAGAAAAAGCGAGAAUACGCCAAGUCUGACCCGGGUGGAAGAGAGAGGCUAAAAAGUUUGAAAGAAGAGCUUGCAGAGGUGUUGAAUGCUCAGUCAGAGGCAAUAAAGGCUCUCCCAGUGGGCAAAGUUGAUCGCUCCAUGAUUAAAUCUGCUCCUAUUGACAUAGUGCCACAAGGAAACAGUUCACAACGAUCUUCACCAUUGGAAUUGACUGAUGAAGAGGUUGAUCUGGAAAUAGAAAAAAUUAUAAGAAAGAAAUCCAUCGAAAAAGAAAAAAGAAUGUCAACUGGAUUUGACAAACAAAAUAUUAUUGUGAGCACAAGUAUGAAGGAGCCGUCAUUUGUUGUUAAAGAAUCACCAACUAAUUUGUGUUCUUUACCCCCUACCAAAAUGUCUUUCUCUGACAAUAAAUGUAUGAAUGUAAAUGAAAUUAAAGAUAGUCAUAAUAGACACAUAACAGAAUCUGAAGCUAAUUAUAAUAAACUAGAUGGGGAAUGCUCUCAACAAGGCAUUGAAAGCCUUGAAGUAUCAAGCUCGGACAUAAAUACAGUAGAAGAAAGUUCACCAGCUGAUACUGAAGAAAUAAACAAUAAUAAUGGAAUUGAAGAAUCUAGUGAAAGUGAGAACCAGUUCUCCACAGCACAAAGUAGACAUAUUUCUGAAAGGGAUUCAGCUAAUCAUAGUCCAGUUGAUCCAUUAUUAGCCAGUCCUUCAAUGUGUCACUUUUCAGAUAAUCAUAGUGAGGGUUCAAGUGACAGUGGAAAAGGCUGCUCUGAGGCUGCCAGCCCUCCUCCAGCUAACAUAAACAUAGUUCCUUUAGAAUCAGAAGUUAGAAUACAUCAAUUUGUGAUACCACAAGGUCUUGUUGGCCUUCUCAUUGGCAAACAUGGCUCAUUUGUAACACAAAUUAAAGCUAAAACAGGUGCUAGUGUAUAUGUUAGAAGACACCCAGACUCAAAUAAACAUAAAAUUUGUGCAGUGGAAGGUACUCAAAGUGAAAUUGAAGCAGCUUUAGAUAUGAUUAAAGAGAAAUUUCCUGAAAAGAAGUUUCCCAACUUUUCCUUACAAGAAAUUGGUGCAGAAUUAUAUCAGAGGUUAGCACCUCUUGUUCCUGAAUUUUUACAGUUACAGCUGGUGGAGUCGGUGAACAACGACACAAUAAUGACGUGCCUGGUGAGCGCGGGACAUUUCUUCCUGCAACAGCCAUUGCACCCCACAUUCCCCUCGCUGCACGCGUUACACCGUCUCAUGGCCGCUACGUAUCAAAAUCCGGAUGUGCCGUCUUUGCCACGCCCUGUGAAAGAGGGAUCAAUCUGCGCCGCGCCGACAGAAAACAAUUGGUAUCGCGCGCAAGUUAUAUCUACCUCAGAGGAGAGUGACACGUCUGUUGUGAAGCUGGUGGACUUUGGUGGCUACCUCACCGUUGACAAUGACCAGCUCAAACAGAUUCGCUCGGACUUCAUGACACUGCCUUUUCAGGCGACGGAAGCUCUUUUAGCCUUCGUGAAGCCAGCAAACAAUGAACCAGAGUGGAGCAACGAGGCCCUGCGCAUCAUGGCCGGUUUGACUGCGGGACAGCUACUACACGCGCAAGUCGCCGGCUAUGACGAAGCGGGAUUACCCCUCGUCCACCUAUACCUUACAUUAAAUCCUCAGCAAGUGAUAUUCCUGAACCGAGAGCUAGUGGAGCGCGGACUGGCGGAGUGGGACAUGCCCGCCGAGUCGUGAGCGGCGCCGCGCCGCCGCAGUACGAGUGUAUUACCUACUGACUAGUUGUAUGGGAUUGCAUUUCAUUUGACAAAUUAUACUUAAUAUACACUUGACACGAAAAAUCACUCCAAACGUCGUAGCAAGUGUUUGUUGCGAAUUAUUUCAUUUAAUCUCGUUUUUUAUUUAUACAAGUUGUCGGAAGUCGUUAAAUUAAUAAAUUUGUUUCCUGUCAAUAACACUUAGUUCUGGAUAUAGUUUUAUUGUGUUACUAUAUUUUCUACCACGUUGUAAAACUAGUAAAAUAUUAAUAAAAGGGAACGAAUAAUUUAGACAUGCAACAUUAUCACAUCGUGUCUAUUUGCUUCCGUUUACUAGGUUGUUAAUAUUAUACCUUCGCCUAAGCUCCCACAACAAACACAAUAUUCUAAAUGCAAUACGCUUAUGAAUAAAAACAUAAAUCGUAGACUGUUACAGAUAAAAAAUGUUACGUAGUUAAUGUUAAUAAGAUAUACUUACCAGGCACAUCUGUGCCACUACGUUAAUAGUAUGUUUAUGAUAAUAACAUAGUGAGGUUUUGAAUAAAAAGUCAGGAUGCUCAUUAUAAUAAUAUAAACGCACUGCCUUCAGCAUUUUUCAUAACAGUAAUAUUUCCUUUUGCAACAAAUUCCAAUUGCCAUUGCCUAAUUAAAGCAUUGGGAAUUUCUGUUGACCAUGUAUUAGUGCCAAAUACUAUCUCGACAUUGAGCAGGUUCUAUUCAUUGUGCAGCUAAGAAUAGAUUUCAACCUUUUGACAAGAGAAGAAUUUGGCUGUCACGCCUUACGAAAUGUGCCUUUUGAAUACUUUCUGUAACCUGUUUUAUAAUGCUAAUGUACAUAAAAUAUUAUUUGUCACACAAUAUAUACAAUUUAUGUUAUUAAAAUAAUGAUCUUAAUGAUGUAAGUACCAAAUGAUACAAGUGGUUGUGACAAAAAAGUAUUUUAUAUACGUAACUACGUCACAAUAUUAUUGUCAGUGGCUCGGUAUCUUAUUAGUUAAACCUAACACGAAUGGUUUUUUGUGCGUAAAGACUGAGAUUGUAUAAUUGUGUACAGUUAUUGCAAUGUGUAAAAUAUAAAUGAAAUAAUUGUGUGUCAGUUAAAGUAUUCGUAUGAAUGGUAAUAUGUUUGAUGGAUUUUGCAGUAUCAGUUGCACUGUAACCAAACAUUAUCAACCCUUACUAUUUAUAUUGUAAAUUUCUUAGUCGUAAGUGCAGGAAUUUAUAACUGCUGCAAAAGAAGAUCCAAGGUAUAUCAUUAAUUCAACUUUGUUAUCUUUAUAUCGUCGAAAUUUCAGUUUCCUUAUUUUCAGGUGGCACUAAAUGACUGGCAUAUAGAUGCAUUUUUAUUCGACAAUGCCAUUUUGAAGCUUUGUGGUAAAAUUAAAGAAUACAUUUUGAAGUUAUAAUGAGCACUUUAAUAAAUCCUGAAUUAUAUAUAAAUUAGUUUUAAAUAGUGUACAUAAUAGAAGUUAGUAGUUAAAGCAAUUUGAUAAUUCAAUGUUUUUAAAAUAAUUUCAGUAUUUUGAUAUGUUUCGAAUUAGUGUUUGUUUUAGCAGUUUAGUAAGUACGCGUUUUAUGUAGUAAAUUUGCUUCCGUGGAUGAUAAGAACGUAAAUUUCUUUUUUAGCUUUCAUCUAUCAUUACAUUAAUAUUCCAUGCUGGGGUAGUGUCAAGCUGGCCGUAAUAAAUUCGAAUAAACACCGUGUCUUCGAUUCACCUUAUCAUCUAAUUCGAAGAGCUAGCUCUCCAUUUGCAUUUUGUUGAUGUCCUUAUUGUGUAUAUAAACUAAUAUAUUUGAGGUUAAACAAUAAAUUAUCGUUUUAAAAAUUA